AAAAAGAGUCCUGCGAAUGUAAGGCUUACAGGAAACAUAAACUUAAAGCGUCUGGAAGAAAUUAGGCGCAGAAAAAGACAAGUCCACUACUUCAACCUGUGCGCUUGGGGAAAAAAAAAACUUGAAUGAAUUACAGCUUGAUUCACCAACAUUGACUACUGUUGGAUGACUUUUUUAAAGAUAAAGAAGAAAAAAACGUUUAAAGUCAUUUUUUUUCUUUUCUUAAAUUAGCUGACAACUUCAGAAUGAACUUCCAAAAUGUUCACGCAGACCUCAUCACGACAGCAAACUGAUGCAAACUUUAAAUAAUGUUUUGGACGAGGCGAGAUGUUAUGUGGAAAACGUGGAUACUGUACAUUUUUGCAAUUCAAAACAAGGAGUUUUUAGAUGCUCCAUGCCGGUCUCCUCUAUACUUUCCCCCAAAACUUGUAUGGGAAGGUUUGUAGAGUGUCUGGAGAGUGCAGACCCUCGUCGGACAGCAUCCCUGUUCAACUAACGGGACAUCUCCAAAGAGCUGCUCCAAGAUGAGAUGUGAUAAAGCGGUCAGCUACUUAAGGAUUGUUGGGACGACACUGUUCGGCAUUUCACUGCUUGUGGGAAUCUCUACUGCUUAUAUCAUGGGGUAUAAGCUUGUAACAACUCCGGGCAACUAUUUGUCCUUUGGUCUUUAUGGAGCAAUUCUUGUCAUCCACCUCAUCAUCCAAAGUGUGUUUGCCCUACUGGAACACAGGAACAUGAAACGCUCCCUGGAAACACCAAUCAAACUCAACAAGUCACUGGCCCUAUGCAUCGCAGCCUAUCAGGAAGACCCCAACUACCUGAGAAAGUGUUUAAUAUCAGUGAAGAGGCUCACGUAUCCGGGUAUAAAGGUCAUAAUGGUUAUCGAUGGGAACAACGAUGAUGACUGCUACAUGAUGGAGAUCUUUCGAGAAAUCAUGGGCCGGGACAAGGCAGCCACGUACAUUUGGAAAAGCAACUAUCACCACAGAGGACCCGAAGAAACUGAAGAAUCAUACGCAACAAGCUUGCAGCAUGUUUCUCACCUGGUUCUCAAUAAUAAGUGUGUGUGCAUCAUGCAGAAGUGGGGCGGGAAAAGAGAGGUCAUGUACACCGCCUUCAAAGCCCUGGGAAGAAGUGUUGACUAUGUACAGGUUUGUGAUUCAGACACCAUGCUGGACCCGGCCUCCUCUGUAGAGAUGGUGAAGGUUCUAGAAGAAGAUCCCAAUGUUGGAGGAGUAGGUGGAGAUGUGCAGAUAUUGAACAAAUAUGAGUCGUGGGUCUCCUUCCUGAGCAGCGUGAGGUAUUGGAUGGCGUUCAACAUUGAAAGAGCCUGCCAGUCAUAUUUCGGGUGCGUUCAAUGUAUCAGCGGACCCUUGGGAAUGUACAGGAACUCCCUCCUCCAUGAGUUCCUGGAGGACUGGUAUGAUCAGACUUUCAUGGGAAGCCACUGCAGUUUUGGCGAUGACCGCCAUCUGACCAAUCGAGUACUGAGCUUGGGAUAUGCCACGAAAUACACCGCGCGCUCCAAGUGCUUGACCGAGACGCCCAUUACCUACCUGCGCUGGCUCAACCAACAAACCCGCUGGAGUAAAUCCUAUUUCAGAGAGUGGCUUUACAACUCCUUGUGGUUCCACAAGCACCACUUGUGGAUGACUUACGAGGCCGUCAUCACCGGCUUCUUCCCGUUCUUCCUUAUCGCCACUGCCAUUCAACUGUUCUACCAGGGCAGGAUCUGGAAUAUCCUUCUGUUCCUGCUGAUCGUCCAGGUCGUGGCACUCAUAAAGUCCUCAUUUGCCAGUUGCCUCCGAGGCAACAUAGUCAUGGUCUUCAUGUCAUUCUACUCAGUGUUAUACAUGUCAAGUCUGCUACCGGCAAAAAUGUUUGCAAUAGCCACCAUAAACAAAUCCGGAUGGGGAACGUCUGGAAGGAAGACCGUGGUGGUGAACUUCAUCGGACUCAUUCCAAUCUCAAUUUGGUUCACUAUUCUUUUCGUUGGCAUUAUUUAUACCAUAAUCCAAGAGACGCGAAAACCCUUUCCUGAAUCCGAAAAGGUGGUUUUGAUAAUUGGCGCAAUCGUUUAUAUCAGCUACUGGGUUGUGUUUUUGACUUUGUACGCUGUCCUCAUUAUGAAGUGUGGCAAGAGGAAGAAAGGACAGCAGUAUGACAUGGUUCUUGACGUAUAGUAUUUCCCGUGCCCUUCAUCCUUUUCUACGUUUACAUUAAAGACAGACUGCUAUCUGAAUGUGGACCUUCCACAGGAAGUGACACUGUAAGGAGACAUCAAUGCUGCUGUGACUGUCACUAAGAGUAUUCCUUUAAAGUGAUGAAGGAAUAUGUUUUGAUAUGUGAGCUUUGACAGUCUUGAUGUUUUAGUUAUCCACCAUCAGAUGACAAUUUCUUUGCACUUUUACAAUCACUCUUGUUAUACAUAAUGCUUGAUAUAGAACUUUUAAGGAACAAAAUACCUCAGUGGUUGUGUUAGCAUUGUGUGAGUGUUUGGGAUAGUCUGUGAGACUGUUUUUUAUGUAAUUUAUGAUUUUUUAUCAAAAAAUUUUUUUGUUUUAUAUAUAUAUAUAUAAAAUAUAUAAUGUAUACAUUUUUGACUGAAAUCCAAAACAGAAUUUGUGCUGUACUUUUGUUUGCAUAAUGUAUUUUAUUGCCUUUUUAUAGAUCUUUUUUUUUUCCUUUUUUUUAUUAUCACCAAAGAUUCUCUAUUUUCAUUAAAUAUGAGGAAAUGUAAUGUUUUAAGACUUGCCUAUCUGACCAAAAUGUGAAAUUAGGAGCUGGAUUUGUCUCUGUGAUGACAGCAAUAAAAGGCAAAUCUAUGGA